CCCAUGUGCAAUGUCUGCGUCUCCAUCGUGAUUGCUCCAAUUGUGCUAAACGAGAUAAAUUUUUUGGAACCAUCAUCAUAUACGCCGACUAUACAAUCUUAUCUCUCAUCCACGCCAUACUUGAACAUCGGCCCUCCAAUACUCUGUCGCUAUAGUCUCUUCGUCUCUGCGUCCUCCUUAAGCUCUCCUCGGCCCCAUUGUCACCCCCAACCGGUCGCUGUAUGCCCCGAGUCCCAUCGUCGUCGUUGACCUGGCUUUGCCGUUGCUCUCACAAUGUUGCAUGCAAUCGCUCAUGCAGACCCCUUCUGCGCCAUGCCAUUACCUCGACUCAAUGCUGCCCUGUCCGUCAGAUAGCCAGAUUCUACUCAGAUCCUCGUGUCCAUGUCGAGAGUCUUGACAAGACUCUCGACGCACACCGAGAACAUAAUCGCAGCCGAACGUGCAGAUAUGAUCCUUCGGGGCCUUCUGGACCUUCAUCACCUCGCCACACUCCCAAAGAGACCUAUGUCUACCGUCCGCGAGGUUUAAAAGAUUCGUCGCCCGAGCCGUCGCCUGAGCCGUCGCCUGAGCAUGACACCCCUAGCCAGCUUAGAUCUAGUCACAAAGACAAGGCAGCCGCACAGCGUGCUAGACGGUUACAAGCCAAUGCAGGAAGAUUUGCCGAUCAUACAUUUCAGUGGAAGCCUAUGGUCGACAGGAACUGCCCCCUCACCAUGCUUCUCCCUUGGCUCAGUCAUCAGGAACCUCGCAAGGACGCUUACGCAACGGCAAUUGACUAUGUGACCGAAGAAAUCCAUGCCUUUGACCGGUACACCACGUUGAACUCUGAUGAACAGAGUGCUGCUGAGAUGGCCCUCCAAGACCUCAAAACCGUUGUGAAAGAUUUUGACCAACACUUAGAAGUUGAUGUCAUCGGCUCCCGCGCCACUGACAUUGCUGACCCUCUCUCCGACCUCGAUGCCAAUGUCUGGCUGCCCGAAGACUUCUCCUCUUCCAAACCUCACAUGACCUCCGAUCACAUCAUUGACGCCCUCCAAGCCAAAAUUGACAAUUGGCAGUCCACCCAUCAAGGUCUACCAUGUCCCAUCGAGCUCAUAUUUCACGUUCGAAAGGCCGUGGUCCCUAUCCUCUCAUGCCGUCAUCCUCCCACCGGCCUUUCCAUUCAGAUCCAGUCUACCCCGAGGACCGUUGAUAGCACCCCGUGGGUCACAUCCGUCAUAAACGAGUUUCCCACACUACCAGCCUUGUUCAAAGUCCUCCGCCAAACCCUCCUCAUUCGUGGACUGAACGAUGGCGCUCGUGGUGGUCUGACCUCUUAUCCUCUCCUCAACAUGAUUGUCGCAUCCCUUAGCAUGUCUGAACACAAGACUCCGGCGGACAACGCCGGAAUGCAGCUCAUGGACUUUCUCAACAUGUAUUGCGAAAUCGACCUCAAUAAAAGUGGUGUCUCCAUUCGUCCCCUAGGCUACUUCCCAAAGCAAGAAUUUGCCGAGGAAAACUCAAUUGCUGCCCUGGACCCUCAUACAGCUGACUUGUACUGGGAGGAGCUGGAAGGCCAGGCCGUGAUUCGGCGGAGAGCAAAACGAUUUAACCACAUUUUGGCAUUUCAAGACCCACUCGAUCCCGUCAACAACAUCGGCCGGAAAGCCACCCGAAUGAGAGAUGUGCAAGAAACCUUGAUUCGGCUGCGCCAUCAAUUACAGCUCAGUAUCCGUGUAUGGGACGCAUCGAGGAACUAUUACGGCGAUUUCCAGGACUUCAGGCAUGAAGCAAAAUCCCUUGGCAGAGAUGCAAGCCUGCUCAAGGUGCUCCUAGAAGCAGACUAUCGCAUCUAUGAACAUAAACGCCGCGCCUUGACCAAAGCAUUUCGCAAGACCUCAUCAAUUGGCAACCCAGUUGCAACACUCGACCUUGAAGAAUUCCGGACUGUCUUGAACCCUGGGGGCUUGGUUGGCGAACAUCCUACCCCAACGGCAGAAACAGCUGGCUCCGGAGAUUCCGGUCCGAAGAUUUCUGAUACUCUGGUCGCUCAAUGGGAUGAAAUGCUAGGCGACAUGUUUCACCGUGAUGGGGCAAACAAACACCGACAGGAUGAUAACUCUACACCUGACCUGGCAGACCCCUCCAAAUCUAACAAUGUUGCCACUAAACAGGUUAACAAAAAAGGAGGCUUACGUCCAAAUGCACAAUCCAGACGCAGGACCUGAAUAUACUUGUAGUUUUAUAUAGUUUUGGGCAAAGUUCUGGCACCUGAUUCGACACAUAGUGGAAUGGUGUGUCAACUGUGAAGUCUAGAUUGUAUAACAGAGAAGACCACGUUGGGGUGGCAUGCGCAUGCCUUAACGCAUCUUGAUGAGACACUUC